GCUUGGAAAGCUGAGGAGAGGCACUUGCAAAGCGUCCGCUGGCUUUGGGACUGCUACGGAGGCCGCCACGGAGCCCGCAGGAGCCACCGGUCCGACUGCUGCUGCUGCUGCUGCCGCCGCUGCCCGAAUCGGGCCGCAGCCGCCGGCAAUGCCGCGAAGGAAGAGGAAUGCAGGCAGUAGUUCAGAUGGAACGGAAGAUUCCGAUUUUUCUACAGAUCUUGAGCACACAGACAGUUCAGAAAGUGAUGGGACAUCCCGGAGAUCUGCCCGAGUCACCCGCUCCUCAGCCAGACUGAGCCAGAGUUCCCAAGAUUCCAGCCCCGUUCGGAAUUUGCAGUCUUUUGGCACUGAGGAGCCAGCGUACUCUACCCGGAGAGUGACCCGGAGUCAGCAGCAGCCCACCCCAGUGACUCCGAAAAAAUACCCUCUUCGGCAGACACGUUCGUCUGGCUCAGAGACUGAGCAAGUGGUUGACUUUUCAGAUAGAGAGACUAAAAAUACAGCUGAUCAUGACGAGUCUCCACCUCGAACUCCAACUGGAAAUGCACCUUCUUCUGAGUCUGACAUAGAUAUCUCCAGCCCCAACGUCUCUCACGAUGAGAGUAUUGCCAAGGACAUGUCCCUGAAGGAUUCAGGCAGUGAUCUCUCUCAUCGACCCAAGCGCCGUCGCUUCCAUGAAAGCUACAAUUUCAAUAUGAAGUGCCCUACACCAGGCUGUAACUCUCUAGGACAUCUUACAGGAAAACAUGAGAGACAUUUCUCCAUCUCAGGAUGCCCACUCUAUCAUAACCUCUCAGCUGAUGAAUGCAAGGUGAGAGCACAGAGCCGGGAUAAGCAGAUAGAAGAAAGGAUGCUGUCCCACAGGCAAGAUGACAACAACAGGCAUGCAACCAGGCACCAGCCACCAACAGAGAGGCAGUUGCGGUAUAAGGAAAAGGUGGCUGAACUCAGGAAGAAAAGGAAUUCUGGACUAAGCAAAGAGCAGAAAGACAAAUAUAUGGAACACAGGCAGACCUAUGGGAACACUCGGGAACCACUCCUGGAAAACCUGACGAGCGAGUAUGACUUGGAUCUUUUCCGAAGAGCGCAAGCCCGGGCUUCAGAGGAUUUGGAGAAGUUAAGGCUUCAAGGCCAAAUCACCGAGGGGAGCAACAUGAUUAAAACUAUUGCUUUUGGGCGCUAUGAGCUGGAUACGUGGUACCAUUCUCCCUAUCCUGAAGAAUAUGCACGACUCGGCCGCCUCUACAUGUGUGAAUUUUGUUUAAAAUACAUGAAGAGUCAAACAAUACUUCGGCGUCACAUGGCGAAGUGUGUGUGGAAGCACCCGCCGGGUGACGAAAUCUAUCGCAAAGGCUCAAUCUCUGUGUUUGAGGUGGAUGGCAAGAAAAACAAGAUCUAUUGCCAAAACCUGUGCCUGUUGGCCAAGCUUUUUCUGGACCACAAGACUUUAUAUUAUGAUGUGGAACCCUUCCUGUUCUAUGUUAUGACGGAAGCGGACAACACCGGCUGUCACCUGAUUGGAUAUUUUUCCAAGGAGAAAAAUUCAUUCCUCAACUACAAUGUCUCCUGUAUCCUUACCAUGCCUCAAUAUAUGAGACAGGGCUACGGCAAGAUGCUGAUUGAUUUCAGCUAUUUGCUUUCCAAGGUAGAAGAAAAAGUUGGUUCUCCAGAACGCCCACUCUCAGACCUGGGGCUCAUAAGCUAUCGCAGUUACUGGAAGGAAGUUCUUCUUCGUUACCUGCAUAAUUUCCAAGGCAAAGAAAUUUCUAUUAAAGAAAUUAGCCAGGAGACAGCUGUGAAUCCUGUGGAUAUUGUUAGCACUCUGCAAGCCCUUCAGAUGCUCAAGUAUUGGAAAGGAAAACAUCUAGUUUUAAAGAGACAGGACCUGAUAGAUGAGUGGAUAGCCAAAGAGGCCAAGAGAUCCAACUCCAAUAAAACCAUGGAUCCAAGUUGUUUAAAAUGGACCCCUCCGAAGGGCACUUAAAGUGACCUGUUACUCUGAGCCAGCGAAUCCCAGCAGUAGGAAUCCAUCCCCUAGGGAUCUGUCUGUCAUUUCUGUUGCUCUUGUGAUUGGCAAGUACAGUAUCCUUUGGGAAGGCCAUCCCCCUCAGGAUUGUCCUGGCUCCGACCUUUCAUGUACACUGCAGACGCUGGUUCUGAGGAACUGCUGUUUCGGCCUCAGUGAGGUUGCCUGGAUGGGAUCUCUAUUAGAAUUGAGUGCAGAUCCCGAGUAGCACUGACCCAAGGUGUUCUGUUUUGGUACUGUACCUGUCCAGUCACUGGUUCUCUCCUCAUGUUCUUAGCCCCAUGAGGUUGUACUGUGUCUUCUAAACUUUGUCAUAGUGCUUCUUUGCUGCCUGGUCACCACACCAAGUACAGUUACCGCCACCAGAUAUUUGUAAUUAUUCCUUACACAUAUGUAAGAGGAGGGGCAGGGGAGAGGUGUCACUUCUGAGUAUAUGUCCUGGGAGGACUCCAUUUCUUGGAGUUUCUUCUUACUUGGAAAUGUUUUCCCUCCUUUUUUGUUGGAAGGCUUGAUUUGAUUCAAAUCACAUCAGGCCAACGAGAGCCAAUUAUUUGUGAAGACUUUUCCAGAGAUGUGUUUGGGCUAACAGGAUGCAAUCUUGUCUGAAGGAGACAAAGAGGAGUUCCUAGGCAUCUAUUUUGUAUUUUGAUUUGAGUUCAUCUGUGGGCAGUGAGUGGUGCCUUGGUGGAAGUGAUCAAAUACUUUCUGCUUCUCCAGAAAGAAUCACCAUUGUGGUAAAUGUUUUUUCUUUACUUCCUGCCCCUUUUUAUAUUUGCAGAUGCCAAAAUAAAUUCCACCUCUCCCUUUCAUGUUGCAAUUUAACUAAUCAUACCAUAAGACCUUGUCACCUGUAUCAGUCUGACAUGGUACACCUAUCCUUCCAUCUAAGUUGCAUUAAUCUUGUCUGAACAUCCUGAAGAAAUUGAACAGGACUGAAAAUGAUUUCCUAGUCCAUGACUCAGCAAGGCAGAAUGGACACCCCUGCCAAGGUUUGUUUCUGUUAAACCAUAUCCCCCUCCCUGCUUGUCAGGACUAAAAUGUGUAUGUCCUUCCAUGAGCUCCUCCUCCAUUUCCUCUCUAGGUUUUGCCACCAUCCUCCCUUUCUCUGGUCUCUAUUUUUGGUGGUGUUCAUGCAAAGGAAGAAAUGCUCCCUCUAAUUUCUCUCUAGCCCAUUAUAACCUGCUAUCUUGGGGCAGCUUGUGAUGUUUGAUAUGUCACCCUUCCCAACUUGGUCUCUGGCAACACUGCUGUCUUCAUGUGGAGCCCUUGCCACAAUCCCAACUCUGGUCAUUUGUGCCUUUCUCUCGUCAUCUCUGUACACUACUUAUACUCACUGUGGUUGGGGGAGCUCAUUUUAAGCAUGUUCAGUGGCUGCUCCCUGCCAGUUUCAGUGUCACUGUUAAAAUGUAUCCAAAAGCAAUUUUCACUGGGAGGGGGGUUUCUUCAGGGAUAAAGGCCUUUUCCAGAAGCUAGCCCUUCCUCACAUAUGCUAGAAUAUGCUGUUCUGUAUCUACUCUUCAAUAAAGCAUGUUCUCUGCUCACA